AUGGGUUUCAAUCGUCCCGGCAUUGCAUCCAUGUCCCUUGGCCGUCCAUGGCUCCACGACCUGCCCGGCAAACUAAUGCAAGCGGCCGCACACGGCUUCGAGGGAAUCGAGCUCUUCUUCGACGACCUGGACUGCUACGCCCAACGAACAUUUAACGGCGACCACUUAGAAGCUUCUCGACAGGUCCGCCGCCUCUGCGAGCGUCUCAAGAUGACCAUUAUCUGUCUCCAGCCAUUCUCAAUGUACGAAGGUCUUAUCGACCGCGCAGAGUCCGAUCGUCUCGUGACAGAAAAGCUUCCAAUAUGGUUCACCCUCGCACGAGCACUAGGCACAGACAUGAUCCAAGUACCAUCUAACUUCCUGGGGCCGGACCCCAAGACCGGCGCCGCCCGCACGACAGGCGAUCGCGCCAUUAUCGUUGCAGACCUUCAGCGCAUCGCUGAUAUCGGCGCUAAGUCCGGAUUCCGAUUUGUCUAUGAGGCUCUAUGCUGGGGUGACCACGUUGAUACCUGGGAAGCAUCAUGGGAAGUAGUCCGGGACGUUGAUAGACCUAAUUUCGGUCUUUGUCUGGACUCCUUCAACAUUGCCGGUCGUGUAUAUGCCGAUCCCGCCUCUCCAUCCGGCAAAACACCAAAUGCCGCAGCUGAUCUUGCCGCGUCAUUGGAUCGUCUCCGCAACGCUAAGAUCGAUCCUGCUAAGAUCUUCUACGUUCAACUCGUUGACGGUGAACGUCUUGAUGCACCACUAGACGAGAAGCACCCAUUCCACGUUGCGGGCCAACCAGUUCGCAUGUCUUGGUCUCGUAAUGCGCGCCUUUUCCCAUUCGAGGAAUCCCGCGGUGGCUAUCUGCCUAUUCUAGAUGUUGCGCGGGUCUUCUUUGAGGAUCUUGGUUUCACUGGAUGGGUCUCAUUGGAGCUUUUCAGCAGGACCCUCGCUGAUCCUGAUCCGUUUACUCCUGCUGAUCAUGCACGGAGGGGUAUGGAUUCUUAUAACAAGAUGGGAUCUAUUUUAAAAUGGGAGAGUCAGACUGAAACACCUACACCUUUGCUUGGGGAACCUUCUUCUCCUGUACAGCACCGUCUAUAA